AUGUCUGCUGGAACUGUUCUCGUCACCGGUGGUACCGGCUACAUUGGCUCUUUCACCAGCUUGACGUUGCUCGAGAACGGCUACGAUGUCGUCAUCGUCGACAACCUUUAUAAUUCCUCCGAGGUCGCCCUUGACCGCAUUGAGAAGCUCUGCGGCCGCCGCCCCGUCUUCUACAAGGUCGACAUCACCGAUGAGAAGGCCCUCGACCAUGUCUUCGCCAAACACCCCUCCAUUGAUAGCGUGAUUCAUUUUGCGGCUCUCAAGGCUGUCGGCGAGUCUGGCGAGAUCCCCCUCGAGUACUACCGCGUCAAUGUUGGUGGCAGCAUUGCCCUCCUCCGCUCCAUGGAGCGAAAUAAUGUCACCAACAUUGUCUUCUCUUCAUCGGCUACCGUUUACGGCGACGCUACCCGAUUCCCCAACAUGAUUCCCAUCCCCGAGAAUUGCCCUACCGGUCCUACCAACACCUACGGACGCACCAAGUCUAUGAUUGAGGAUGUCAUCAGGGACUGCGUCAAUGCCCAGAGGAACAAGCUGAAGAAGGCCGACCAGCCUUUCGAGCAGUGGAACGGUGCCUUGCUCCGAUACUUCAACCCCUGCGGCGCGCACCCGAGUGGUAUCAUGGGCGAAGACCCCCAGGGGGUCCCGUACAACCUGCUGCCGCUUCUGGGCCAGGUUGCUACAGGCAAGCGCGAGAAGCUUCUCGUCUUUGGCAAUGACUACAAGUCCCGCGAUGGUACCGCCAUCCGUGACUACAUCCACGUUGUCGACCUUGCCCGCGGCCACCUGGCUGCCCUCAAAUAUCUCCGCGAGAACAAGCCCGGUGUCAAGGAGUGGAACUUGGGCUCUGGCAGAGGCAGCACUGUUUUUGAGAUGAUCAAGGCAUUCAGCGCCGUGGUGUUUGGGCCAGAGAAUCCUGAACAGCUGAAAUACGAGAUAGUCGCCCGCCGACAGGGUGAUGUCCUCGACCUCACAGCCAAUCCAGCCCUUGCCAACAAGGAGCUCAAUUGGAAGACGGAGCUUGGCAUGGAGAAGGCAUGUGAGGAUCUAUGGAGAUGGGUCAAAAACAACCCUGAGGGGUACCGUCAGGAGCCCCCGGCUGAGCUCCUGGCUGCUAUCAAGACACCGUCUUCUUAA